GAUUAUUGAAACGAAACCACACGUGCUUUUCCUUUUUCUUUUUAGUAUACGUAUUUAUCUAUUUCACAAUAUUAUUUCAAUUCGGUUCUUCGAUAGACAGACCACUGUUGCACAUAAUCAAUUUGUACGAUGAAUGUGUCUUCGUAGUAUCUCUCAGUAUCCAUCAGUGUGGAAUUAAAUCUGUGUAGAACCAACUGUGUUAGUGUGAAAAUUCAGCCCCACAAGUUUAUAUAAAACUUCAAUCAUGCCGAUGUAUAACUUCAAGAAAAUCACGGUCGUUCCGACAGCGAAGGACAUGAUUAACAUCAUGUUAUCGAAAACUCAACGCAAAACUCCAACUGUAAUCCAUAAACAUUACAAAAUAUCAAGAAUCCGUUCGUUUUACAUGCGUAAAGUCAAAUUCACGCAAACAAACUUUCACGAACGUUUAUCGUUGAUUAUUCAAGAAUUUCCCAAGUUGGAGAACGUACACCCUUUUUAUGCCGAUUUAAUGAAUACCUUAUACGAUAAAGAUCACUACAAAUUGGCUCUUGGACAAGUUAAUCAAGCUAGACAUUUAAUUGAUAAUGUUGGUAAAGAAUACGUUCGUCUGCUGAAAUUUGGAGACUCGUUAUAUAGAUGUAAAAUGUUGAAAAAAGCUGCACUUGGAAGAAUGGUAACCAUAAUGAAGAAACAAGCGCCUAAUCUUGUUUACCUGGAGCAGGUUCGUCAGCAUCUUAGUAGAUUGCCUACGAUCGAUCCUUACACUAGAACUAUCAUCUUGUGUGGUUUUCCUAACGUCGGAAAAUCUAGCUUUUUGAAUAAAAUCACUCGAGCUGAUGUUGAAGUACAUUCGUAUGCUUUCACUACUAAAAGCUUAUACGUUGGGCAUACUGACUACAAAUAUCUAAGGUGGCAAGUAAUCGAUACUCCUGGAGUCCUCGAUCAUCCUCUAGAAGAGAGAAAUAUUAUCGAAAUGCAAGCUAUCACAGCUCUUGCUCAUUUACGUGCCGCUAUCUUGUAUUUUGUUGAUGUUAGUGAAAGAUGUGGCUAUAGCAUCGCUCAACAGAUUAAAUUAUACGAAUCAAUUAAGCCUCUAUUCACGAAUAAGCCUCUAAUGGUCGUCUGCAAUAAAAUCGACAUAGUACCUUUGAGUGAACUGAGCGAUGAAAACAAAGAAGCUUUGACAGUAUUCGAAAAAGAGAAUAUUCCUGUAUUAUCAAUGUCUACAAUGACAGAUGAAGGAAUCAUGGAAGUUAAACAGACGGCUUGUGAUACUUUACUUACAUACAGAGUUGAAAAUAAAGUACAUGCCAAGAAACUGGACACAAUUCUCAAUCGAUUACACGUAGCUGUUCCUCAGAAACGGGACAAUAAGGAGAGACCUCCGUGUAUACCAGAGAGUGUGCUUCAGAAGAAGCAGCUAGAAGAUAUGAAAGCCUUUAAACGGAAAUUGGAAAAAGAACUGGAAGAAGAAUUGGGAGACGAUUAUACUCUGGAUUUGAAGAAAAAUUACGACUUACCUGAAGAAUACAAAUACGACAUCAUACCCGAAUUCUGGGAGGGGCACAAUAUCGCUGAUUUCAUCGAUCCCGAUAUACUUCAGAAAUUAGAACAAUUGGAAAAAGAAGAACAACUUCGGGAAGAAGCUGGUUUCUACGCUGUACCCAAGAUAGAAUUAGACGAAACAUUGAAAGAAAUUCGUAGCUUGGCUCUUAGAAUUAGGGAACGUAAAUCCAUGAUGCGUCAAGAAUCUAGAAUAACUAAACAAUCUAAUAAACCUACCAUACCCAGAAAUGCGCCGGCACGUGUUAGAGAAAGAAGCGUUUCUACGUUGAGAGACAAAAUGCAAGACCUCGGUGUCGAUAUGUCCGAAACCGAAGAAGCUCAUUUCACAAGAACACGAGGAAGAGCUCGUUCACUAUCCCGAUCAUCUGCAAGAUCUCAAUCCAGACCGGCUAAAAGACUUAAAACCGAUGUGGAAAAUAGAUCUACGUCUAGAAGUCAAACUCGACCUCCAAGGGAUCAAUCUGGUGUUAAGGAUGUUGCUAUGAAAAAUAAAUUGAAAAAUGUCGCACACAAAGCUAUUGCUAAAAAGGUCAAGAAACAGGGUCUCAAAGGAGAAGCUGAUCGAUUUAUUGGUGUUAAAAAACCCAAACAUUUAUACGCUGGAAAACGAGGAAUUGGAAAGACAGAUAGACGAUAAUUUCAUUGAGAUGGUAACUUUGAUAACAAUUUUGUUUUUUUAUUGUUGAUUAAAUUGUAUUUACUUCCAAGUAACAACAAUUGUUACGUCAAUUUAUAUUUUUAUUCGAUUAAAAAUCUCACCCAACUGGAAAUGUUGCACCAUCGAAGUAAAUCGUUUAUGCAAAUUUGGAUUGCGUCCGUUUAUAAUGUACUGGAAUAUUUAUUUUAAAAAAACGAAUUGAUAAUAAAACUGUGUAUUUUAUUUUAAAAUACAGUUCGUGAUAAAGAUCAAUAGUAAAAUUUCUAAACAUUCAUUAUAUCAAAAUAACAUCAAGCUGUGGUAAUCGAUUCAAAUAUUUAUAUUCUUAAAUGAAAAAAUAGGAAACUAAAAAUCUUGCAAUAAAUAACAGCCUCAAAUACACAUGCUGAUGCAAAUAAACUGUGGGUGCUGGAAAAACAAGUGGUCAAGGCGACGUCUGUACAUGAAAGUCAAGAAUUAUGAAAAAUUAAUUUUGAUUCUAAGAAUCAUCUUCUCAACUGAUUGCCCGAAGCAUUUAAGUACGUAACUUGAACUGAAAUGAUUCGACAAUGAACAUUUGUCUUUCAACGAGAUAUAUUUGCAAAUUAAUGUUACAAAACAAAAGAUUCCGACUUGACCACUUCAUCGCGCUAGCACUACCUGAGACGAUUUUUUUUCUU